UCGACACUCCGUCGACCAACUCAACAGGAACUGACGUCCCCUUUGUGCAAGUGGAUGGAAAAAUGCAGGCUGCAGGAAAAAUGGCUCCAAACACCGGACCGCUAAAAGGGAUUUAAGUCUCUGCACUGUAACCAUUUGGGCCACUCUGACUUAAAGGCUGUCCUACUCAUGGCUCCUUCCACCUGACAGAAUGGCCCAGACACAUAAUGGUAAUGGGUUCAAGAUGGAUGUCCCAAAGCCAAAGGGGGUUGUGGGUAAGGAGGAAGCCCUCCGCAUGGAAGAAGAGGCAUUGGCUAAAUUGAAACGAGAGAAAAAACAUACGCCUUCACUUUUAACCCACUUGUCUGCCUCAAAACCAUCAAAGUCCAGCAAUGCCAAUGCUGCUCAGACUUUGCCUUCAGCAAGUGCACCUGACAAGGACCUCAUUGUCUUCCCAGAAACCAAGAAGCAGGAAGAGGGGGGCAAGUUUAAAGAUAUUGACGUGGACAAACUGACCAAUGAGGAGCUCGAAAAGCUUCUUCUCGAUGAAAACUUUGGCGUUAACAGCAAAGCAUCCCGCCCCUCAGCUCUGCUGGGAUUCAACCUCAGUGCCUCCUACCCUGGUGGUAACCCCUGCAGCUCCUCUCCUUUCCAGGGCAGUCAGUGGACCACAGUUCUUCCCACUCAAUCUAAUUCUAGCUUGAGCACUCCAACUCAUCAACCCAGCCCACUCUUCCCUUCUGCUCCAUUUCCCAAACCAGGCACAUUUCAAAAUGGUUUCACUCCACCCAUGACGUCCUUCAUGACUCUUCCACCUCAGCAGCCAUCCUUUUUGGCUUUACCUCCUAUCCAGGCUCCUCCAGCGAUGGUCUACUCAAAACCAACCGUGGACCCUGAAAUGGCCAAACUGUUUGACAAGAUUUUAAGCACCUCAGAAUACUUGAAGAACGGUAGAUCCUCCAGCACUGAGGCAGACUCUUCACAAGUGGGCACAGCCUCUCUGGCACCAAACCCCCCGCCACAGCCCACAGCAGCUGCUGAAUCUUCUCCCAUCAGCCGCUUUGAGUGGCUGGAUCUGGACCCACUUACAAAACAUAAAGCUGAGAAUGAGGAAGCCACCAUGACGGCAGGAAGUGGAGUACACAACGAACAGGGGGGUUCUCCUGGGGAUCCUUGGGAUGCUGUGCUAGAAACAGAAGGGAGCAAUGUUGGUGGCAAAGGGAGCCCCACUCUGGAGGGGAAUGAUUCACAGACAGUUCAUUCACAGCAAAGAAGAGCUUCAACCGGCGCACCUGUAGCCAGGAGCCACUCGCUCCACAUCCCAGGGACGUCUUCUCAGCAGAAACCAACCAAUCAGGGUAAGGGCAAAGGUUUGGUGAAGAACAAUGUGCUGGAGGAGCAAGAUGCCCAGAACCUGGAGAUUGUUGCCUUUUGUAAAGACUUGGGAAGCCUACGUUCCAAAUUCCCUCACAGCGACAUAGGAACUAACCCUGGCUUCGUCCUAAGCCCCGUCAUCACGCAGAGAGAAAGUGGAACCGACAGCAACUGCUCUGUCAAGGUUUCUAUUGAAAUCCCUGAAUCUCAGCAGCCUGUAACUUUCACCUGUGAUGUGAGUUCUCCAGUAGAGCUGUUGAUCAGUCAGACUCUCUGCUGGGUUCAUGACGAACUGGACCAGGUAGACUUUUCCAGUUAUUUGCUUAAAGUCUGUGGCCGGGACGAAGUCCUGCAGAAUAAACACAGCCUGGGCAGCCAUGAGUAUAUUCAGAACUGCCGGAAGUGGGAGAAUGAGAUCACAUUACAGCUGCUUUCUCACUCAACCAUGAAGCGGGACUUGGCACGAAGUUCAGAAGAUGACAACUCUCGAAUCGACCUGGAGAAGCACCUUAGCAAUGUGGAUCGGCCUUUUAGGGAGAAUGUAACCAGACAAGGUCUUGCUGACUAUUUGGAAGGCUACCACACCCAAGUCAACGUCUGCUUAGAAAAUGAGAGUACCCAGUACAAGACAGUGGAGCGCGUGGUCCAGACGGUAAAAAACCUGUGCUGCGCUUUGGAUGAGGUGGAGCCGCCGUCCAUCACAGGAGCCAUUAAGAGACUGCGUCACUCUGUCAAUCUAGCCAGGACACGCUCGCCUAAGUUGGGGUCAACAUCACCUGGUCAGUCAUCAAAUACUGGCUGCAGUCCCGUGGAGGAGAGCAUGUCCUUACUAACAAAAGCUGUCUACGACCUGGUGAAGCUCUACCUGCGCUCCUUCUGCCCGCCAUCACCUUCCUUUAGCUUACCUGCAGAUGAAGGAGGGGCUGUGGAGGGAAGGAGCAGCAAAGAAGCUUCUGGCACCACAGACCACCUUCAGUUUACUCUGUUUGCGUUGCACGGCAUCCCGGGCCCCUGGGUCAGCAGUUAUGAGAAGUACUUCCUGAUGUGUUCCCUCACCCACAAUGGGAAGAACCUGUUCAAACCAGUUCAUUCCAGGAGAGUUGGCACAUAUAAAAGCUUUUUUUACCACAUCAAAUGGGAUGAGCUGAUCAUUUUCCCCAUCGCAGUAGCCGUGCUCCCUCUGGAGUCCACGCUGACUCUGAGUCUAUUUGGGGUGCUCAACCAGAAUGCCAGUGGCUCACCAGAUUCCAACAAACAGCGGAAAGCCCCAGAGUUUUUAGGCAAAGUCUCUAUGCCUCUGUUUGACUUCAGAGGAGUACUCGCACGAGGCACUACUUUCUUAUGUCUGUGGACAUCUGCUCAAGGAGCAGUUGGAGCUGCUGGUGCUGCAAGUGGCCGCAAGAAGGUUCCUGCAGAAAGAAUCAUAUUACAGUUUACCAACUACAGGUUGAAGCGCUCAGAUCACCAAAUCUUAUGGGACCAUCGGCUCCACUGCCGUAGAGACCAUCCCAGCAGCCUGCCUAAGGUCCUGGCCAGCGCGCCCAGCUGGGAUUGGGCCAGCAUGGCUCACAUCCACUCCCUGCUGCACCACUGGCCCUCUCUACCUCUAGUCACUGCUCUGGAGCUGCUCGACUCAAAAUUUGCAGAUACCGAAGUGAGAAGUGUGGCUGUAAGCUGGAUUGAGAAAAGCAGUGAUGAUGAACUUGCUGACUAUCUGCCACAGCUUGUUCAGGCAAUAAAGUUUGAGUGUCACCUGAACAACGCCCUCGUCAUGUUCAUGCUAUCCAGAGCCCAGGGCAACAUCAACAUAGCCCACUACCUGUACUGGUUGCUCAAAGAUGCGGUGCAGGACUCUACCUGGGGGCGGCGCUAUGAGCAGGUGCUCGGUGCGCUCUUGUGUCUGUGUGGAAGCAAACUGAGGGCAGAGCUUGAAAAACAGACUCACCUGGCCACUCUGCUGGGAACCGUGGCUGAGAGGGUCAGACAGGCAGGGGGAUCCACCCGACAGGUGGCGCUGCAGGAGGGUCUAGAAAACAUCCAGAAUUUUUUCCAGAGAAACAGUUGCCGACUUCCUCUGAACCCCAGUCUGGUGGCAAAAGAGCUAAACUUCAAAGCCUGUUCCUUCUUCAACUCCAAUGCAGUUCCACUUAAGCUGGCGAUGGUCAAUGCAGAUCCAUUAGGAGAGGAAAUCAAUGUCAUGUUUAAGGUAGGAGAAGACCUGAGGCAGGACAUGCUUGCUCUUCAGAUGAUUCGCAUUAUGGAUCGCAUCUGGCUGCAGGAGGGUCUAGACCUCCGCAUUGUGAACUUUAAAUGCAUCUCCACUGGCAAGGAUAAAGGUAUGGUGGAGCUGGUUCCUUUUUCUGAUACCCUCAGGAAGAUUCAGGUGGAAUAUGGAGUCACUGGAUCUUUUAAGGACAAACCUUUGGCCGAAUGGCUGCGCAAGUAUAACCCAGCUGAGGACGAAUACGAGAAGGCAUCUGAGAAUUUUAUCUACUCCUGCGCCGGUUGCUGCGUUGCAACCUACGUUCUUGGAAUCUGUGAUCGCCACAAUGACAACAUCAUGCUGCGCUCCACUGGUCACAUGUUUCACAUCGACUUUGGCAAAUUCCUUGGCCACGCCCAGAUGUUUGGCAGCUUUAAAAGGGAUCGCGCUCCCUUCGUUUUGACCUCUGACAUGGCAUACGUCAUCAACGGAGGGGAGCGUCCCACCAGCCGCUUCCAGCUGUUUGUUGACCUGUGCUGCCAAGCCUACAACCUCAUCCGCAAGAACUCCGACCUCUUCCUCAACCUGCUGUCUUUGAUGAUGUCAUCAGGGCUGCCGGUGCUGACAGGUUCCCAGGACCUGAAGUACGUGUUCGAUGCCCUGCAGCCUCACAACACCGAUGCUGAGGCCACCAUCUUCUUUACAAGGCUAAUUGAGUCCAGUCUGGGAAGCAUAGCCACCAAAUUUAACUUCUUCAUCCACAACCUGGCUCAGUUACGGUUCUCUGGCCUUCCUGCUAAUGACGAGCCAAUCCUGUCCUUCUCACCCAAGACGUACACCAUGAAGCAGGACGGUCGCAUCAUCCACGCCUCCAUCUUUUCCUUCCAGAAGAGAUACAACCCUGACAAGCAUUAUACCUACGUGGUGAGGAUCAUGAGGGAAGGUCAAAACGAGCCUCAGUUUGUCUUCCGCACUUUUGAUGAGUUUCAGGAGCUCCACAAUAAACUGACCAUUGUGUUCCCCCUCUGGAAGCUGCCUGGUUUUCCAAAUAAAAUGGUGCUUGGUCGCACUCACAUUAAGGAGGUGGCAUCCAAGAGGAAGCUGGAGCUUAAUAGUUAUGUCCACAACCUGAUGAGGAGCUCCACUGAAGUGGCCCAGUGUGACCUGAUCUACACUUUCUUCCAUCCCAUUGCUCGGGAUGAGAAAACCGAGGGCUUAGAAACCACACCCAAUCCAGCUGAGCCUCCGCUGAGUCCAACCUCUGGUCGGGUGGAAGGAGAAGUGAAGCUUUCCAUUUCGUACAGAAACAGUACUUUGUUCAUAAUGGUCAUGCAUAUCCGAGACCUGGUUUCUGAGGAUGGAACCGAUCCAAACCCAUAUGUAAAAACCUACCUGCUUCCUGAUCCACACAAGACUUCAAAACGCAAGACUAAGAUCUCCAGAAAAACCAGGAACCCCACCUUCAACGAAAUGCUGGUGUACAGCAGCUACAGCAAAGAAACCCUCAGCCUGCGGGAGCUGCAGCUGAGCGUGCUCAGUGCCGAGUCGCUGCGUGAAAACUACUUCCUGGGUGGCAUCACACUCAGGCUCAAAGACUUCGACCUCAGCAAGGAGACGGUCAACUGGUACAAACUGACAGCAGUUCCUUACUUCUGACCCCUGCCUCUGGCUCUUCAGACAACAGAUGCAUUCAAAAUAUGGAGCUUUACAGGGAAAUACUGGCCAGAAUCCAGGACAACAGGAAAUUUAUGAAGUUAAUUUAUCAAAUUCAAAUAAAGUCUAUAAAAAAGUAAAAUAAAUCAAAUGGAGGGUUUAAUAAUGAUGAGAUUUUGCUAACGUUAUAUGACUGCGCUUCUGGUAAACUGGUAUAUAUUUUAUUGAAAGUGAGCCGUUUCUGAUGAGUUUGAAUGUGGCUCAGAUUUGUCCGUAGCUCUGCGGGUUCUUCCCACAUCACACGAAUGUGUCCAGAGUUCCCACUUUUCCUUCCCGCCUGUAAAACUAAUCAAGGUUGUUUGUCAGAGAAACAAUCUUCUUGUUUUGCCUCCUUUUUAAAAAAUAUAUAACUAAGAGCUGUAAUAUUUUGUACAUUUUCUUAUUAGAGGACCAAAAUGGCUUUUUUCAGAAGAGUAUCUAUAUAUACUGAUGUGUGUUUUGUUUUUUAAGGACGAGAAAGGAGAAACAUUUCUACAUGUUAUAGUUAGGAACUAUGUAGACACACAGAGAGGACAGUAGGAUUUCCUGCUUUGCUGCAGACAUGUUAAAGUAAGGUUUAAUUCACUUUGAGGAGACAAUUUCCCCAAGAUGUGCCAAAACUAACAAAGAAGCAAAAAUAACCCACUUAUCAUAGCGACUGGAUAAGGUCGCCUUUCUUUGUUCUAAAAAGCUGUUUUAAUGCACAAUUAAGCCUUAAUAUUACUAAAUUAUGACUUCCUAAACAAUUUGGCAUGUCCUUAUUAGAGAUUUAUGUGUAGUUUAUCUAGAACAGGUCUGGUUGAUGGACAAAAUCAUCUAGUUUGCUCAUUCUUUGUUUCCCAGUUCCACACAGCACACCUUUAAAUAAGGAAAUGUUUAGACUUUGAAGCACAUUUAUUUCCCUCUUUUGAACAUAAGAGAUGCAGGAUAUAAGUUUAGUGGAGGGAAAAAUGGUAAUUUGGACCAGAGUCUCCUUGAAUCUGGACAUGAGUUCAGGCAGCUCAACCAGAGCCACUUUUAAGUGCCUAAUAUCACACUGUGAUGAGCAACCAGUUAAAAAAAAUCUGCAAAGAAAUGCUGAUGAACUCUAGAAAUAAGGUUUUAUGUUUAAAUAAAUAUUGUGAAUUCUGAUCAGCAUCUUGGAUGUAUAACAUCCUCACAGAAAGGGAAUAACCUGAUUACACACUGCCAUCUUAUCCAUGUAACUAUAAAUUUAAAGUUCUGUUCAUAUUUAAUAAAAAGAUCAAAACAAUUCCUGAUUUUCCUGCAGUAGUUUUUAAAGAUCUAUGAUUUUCUUCAGGCACAGUUUCUGUUAACAUGGCCAGUUAUUUAUUUUCAAUCGGUGACCUCCAGCCUGAAUGGAUCAAUGCAUACUGUAAUCUCUAUUUCAUAAA